AUGCCGAAGUUCCAGCUGAAGCUCGGAGACAAGUGGGAAGAUUUUGUGGAUCGUGAGGGCGAUAUAUUGAUGAAGGCAUUUCUCAAUGGGAAGAAAUCUGCGGAGUUCCACAGCCGAGGGCAGGACUACUAUGUUGACUUUGCCAAGAUGGUGCAAAGAAACGUAAAGUCAGGCAAAGAGCGCCCAAUCAAGAUAGUCUACGAUGAUGAAGGCAAGCCGGUCAAACCGAAGCCUGAAAAAGCCGAGUACCCCAAGCCGACAGCAGAUCAAGCUCUACAUGGCAUGGCUGCUGGGGGCAGGCCACCAGUCGUGGAGGGUGCUGUGGUGGGGUACACCCCUGGAGUGCCACCGGCUCAUGCGCCAGCGGGACCGUCACCAGGCGUCGCGUAUACCCCAGGUGGCGCGGGACCGGGCGCACACUAUCAUGCCCCAGCAUCCGCACCGGGUCCAUCCUACUAUGAGACAGGCUUCACUCCUCCAUAUGCGAGCCCUGGUCACGCGCACUACGCGCCGGGGCCGGCCUACACCCCAGGUCCUGCAUAUGGACCUGGUCCUGCAUAUGGACCUGGUCCGGCAUAUGGUCCGUCUGGACCUGGUGGCAUGGGUGGUAUGGGCGGUGGAGGAGGCACUGGCGCCAUGUUGGCUGCUGGUGGUGCAGGAGUCCUUGGAGGACUUUUGUGGCUUGUCUCGUGUUGGCUUCUGCGCGUCGCCGGGGUGGUUCGGCCUAUCUUGCUAGAGUCUGAGUCGAAGGCCAAUUUCGCAAGAAUCGGAGUUCCCUCCGCGCUUGCUGGCAUGACAUUCCUGCCGAGGGACAUCAUCAGAAUGAUUGAACGUGCACAAUCUCAGGGUGUCUCGCUAGCAGCGCACUGCACAGCGGCAUCUGCCAGAGGGAGAUAUUCAAAAGCCUGUCGGAUGCCUGCGCCCCUCACGCCUGACCAGGUAGUGCUGUGUUUGAGUACCAAUCUGACAGCCGUGAGUUUCCAGGCUCUGGGGGCGACCUUUACCAAGCAUGUAAAGGGCAAGACCGUGGAGUGGAUGAACAUCAGAGAACCUACGGACUCGCCGGUGCGGCUGCCCAAGCCAGGUGCGAGUGCAAAGCCCAUGCAUCAGGGGCCGUUGAAAAUUGUGCAAGAAGAUGGGUCAGAGCAGAUGCGCUACUUUCUGGUGUACAAUGACCGCUUCGAGCAUUUCACAGAUGCGGCGAAGGCUCUUCGAGGAUCCGGCUCCUCGGGAGGAGUGGUACAUGCAAUGGACGUAACCUCCGUGCGUGUCAUUGAGAAUGCUUUUGUCUUCAAGCUUCGGCAAGAAAGUCUGCACGUCCAAGUUCCCAUUGGCGAGGACAUGGAUCUUUGGGUUUCAGCGUUUCAGCUCCUCUUCCACCCGCAGAACGAUGCAGGCCAUAACCCAACGAAUGUGGACGAGCUGCAAGUCUUGCACAAGCGUGGCGCCUUCAUGAAGGACGGGGAAAGGCGAAAGAUGGAGUCCAGCGACCUUGCCGCGGAGGUUCAGGACGAGCGCUUUCAGCAUUGGCUGCAUACCCUGCCGGAAAAGGUGAUCCACUGGGGCUUGCUCGGUUUCCAACAUCAACAGCGCCUGGUGGUCCGAGUCAGUCUUCUCUUCAAGGACAGGCUUGACAGUUGGAGCAGCGCUUCAAGCGCCAGCUGCGGACUGAAGGAGGACCUGCAGAUACCAGCUGAUGGUACAAUGCAUGUUGGACUUGCAGUCUUGAACCUUAAGCUGCCGUUUUAA